AUGGCAACGUUUCUACCCUUGGGGCCUUGGUUUGUGCUCUUGUCGUUCGCAGCUUUUGUCGUCAUUAAUGGAGCUAUAUGGCUAGCACGUCGACAUAAGGCAGCCACCUCCGGCUCCCGUCGUGCUAAGCUGACAGCUGAAAUCGCGUUCCUCCGCCGUGAGGCCGCCAAGCUCAACACGCCCAGCACAUACGCCCGUUGUGCCAAGUACCAGCGGCUAGCGAACGCAAAGGACAAGGACCUUGCGGACCUCAACGCAGGUCCCGGCGUUUCGGGGACUGCAGACCGGCUGCUGGUGCUCGGCCGUGCUGUCAAGACCCUGGUGCUGUGCGCUGUCACGCUGGCUGUAUGGGAGGCCCCCGUGGCGCGAGUCAUGCCGCGUGCAGUGGUGGCACCGCUGGGUCGCCUGCUGGCUUUUCCCCACGGUGCAGAGCUAGCGGGCUUUGGUGGUGUGGCGGUGGCGCCUUGGUUGCUGCUCCUGGACUUGGCCACGGAGGCCCUCGCGCGUGCGGCCUUCCCGUCGGCCCCGCCGGGGACGGCGUGUGGGCCAGCAGCAUUGGAUCCGGCAGCUGUGGAGAGACUGAUGAAGGAGGUGGAUGCGAUGGGGCGGAGCCGCUCCCAGCAGCAGUUGGCACAGCCUGCGACGUUGUAG